CGGGCUGCCAGUUCGCUGGUGGCAUUCGUGGCGCGUGCAUCUUGCAAACUUUUGGGCGAUCGAUAUACAUAUAUAAAUAUAUAUAGCUGGUUCGAGAAUACCCAAGAAAAGCUACCAGGAAGCGAAGGCGGGAGCAGGCAGGACCAAAUUGGAUUUCAUCGUGGCAACCUGAGGACAAACGGAAGACGCUGUGGAGCUGCAAAGAGAAAAGGCGCUCGAAUUCUUCCGAGUCUUGACCUUUGUGCUCCUGUUCCUGAUCAUCUCCCUGUAUCUAUAUCGCUUUGCGUUUUGAAGGACCAGCGCUGACUGCCUGGGGUAUUUGGCCGCAGCCAAGAUGCCCAAAUUACCAGCGGUUGGCAUUGAUCUUGGUACCACGUACUCGUGUGUCGGCGUCUUUCAGCAUGGCAAGGUGGAGAUCAUCGCCAACGACCAGGGCAAUCGCACCACGCCCAGCUAUGUGGCGUUCACGGAGUCGGAGCGUCUGAUCGGCGACGCGGCCAAGAACCAGGUGGCCAUGAAUCCCACCAACACGAUCUUCGAUGCCAAGCGGCUGAUUGGCCGCCGUUUCGACGACGCCACCGUCCAGUCGGACAUGAAGCAUUGGCCCUUCGAGGUGGUCGCCGAAAACGGAAAGCCCCGCAUCCGGGUGGAGUACAAGGGCGAGCGGAAGAGCUUCUUUCCGGAGGAGGUGUCCUCGAUGGUGCUGACGAAAAUGCGAGAGACCGCCGAGGCCUACCUGGGCGGCUCCGUGACAGAUGCGGUGGUCACCGUGCCGGCGUACUUCAACGACUCCCAGCGCCAGGCCACCAAGGAUGCGGGCGCCAUUGCGGGAUUGAAUGUGCUUCGCAUUAUCAACGAACCGACGGCGGCGGCCAUAGCCUACGGCUUGGAUAAACAGGGCACCAGCGAACGAAAUGUCCUGAUCUUUGACCUUGGCGGCGGCACCUUCGACGUUUCGGUGCUGACCAUCGAAGAUGGCAUCUUCGAGGUGAAGGCCACCGCUGGCGACACCCAUCUCGGCGGCGAGGACUUCGAUAACCGGCUGGUGAACCACUUCGUACAGGAGUUUCAGCGCAAGCAUAAGAAAGAUCUGGGCCAGAACAAGCGGGCGUUGAGGCGCCUGCGCACCGCCUGCGAAAGGGCCAAGCGCACCCUCUCCUCGUCCACGCAGGCCAGCAUCGAGAUCGAUUCCCUCUUCGAGGGCGUCGACUUCUACACGUCGGUGACCCGGGCCCGUUUCGAGGAGUUGAAUGGGGAUCUGUUCCGCGGUACCAUGGAACCAGUGGCCAAGGCGCUGCGUGAUGCCAAGAUGGACAAGGGCCAGAUACACGACAUCGUGCUGGUGGGUGGCUCCACCAGGAUUCCCAAGGUGCAACGCCUGCUGCAGGACUUUUUCAACGGCAAGGAUCUGAACAAGUCCAUCAAUCCCGAUGAGGCGGUGGCGUAUGGAGCGGCAGUGCAGGCGGCCAUCCUCCAUGGCGACAAAUCGGAGGCAGUGCAGGAUCUGCUCCUGCUGGAUGUCACUCCUCUAUCUCUGGGCAUUGAGACCGCUGGUGGGGUCAUGACCACGCUGAUCAAGAGGAACACCACCAUACCCACCAAGCAAACGCAAAUCUUUACCACCUAUGCGGACAACCAGCCAGGUGUGCUCAUCCAGGUGUUUGAGGGUGAGCGCGCGAUGACGCGGGAUAACAACAGCCUGGGUAAGUUUGAGCUCUCGGCCAUUCCACCGGCGCCACGCGGAGUGCCCCAGGUGGAGGUGACCUUCGACAUCGACGCCAAUGGCAUACUCAAUGUGACGGCGCUGGAGAAGUCGACGGGAAAGGAGAACCGGAUCACCAUCACCAAUGACAAGGGCCGUCUCUCCAAGGAGGACAUCGAGCGGAUGGUCAAUGAUGCGGAGGCCUAUCGCCAGGCGGAUGAGCAGCAACGCGACCGCAUCAAUGCCAAGAACCAGCUGGAGUCGUACUGCUUCCAGUUGCGCUCCACUCUGGACGACGAGCAUCUCAGCAGCCGGUUUAGCCCUGCGGAUCGGGAGACCAUCCAGCAGCGCUCCAGUGAAACGAUUGCCUGGCUGGAUGCCAAUCAACUGGCCGAACGGCAGGAGUUCGAGCACAAGCAGCAGGAACUGGAGAGGAUCUGCAGUCCGAUCAUCACGCGAUUGUACCAGGGCGCUGGAAUGGCACCACCUCCACCCACCGGAAGCUCCAAUCCAGGAGCAACUGGCGGCUCGGGUCCGACCAUUGAGGAGGUUGAUUAGUGAAGUGCAACACUAGUUUGUUAUCCCUAGAAUCUCAACAAAUCUUAUUCACCCUUAAAAUCUGAUGUACCCCAAAUAAAUUCAAAGUGU